AAACAAGGGACAAAGCGUGUGAGCCAAUUGACAGACUAGAUACUUCUUUCCUCAACAAUCAGGGUGAAAUAGUCAUUGACAAUGCAGAUGGCUCACGUUAUAAUCCAGAUGGCACGCGUCAUAGUGGAGAGUCCUCAACCUCCGGUGUGGAUGAUGAAAAUGUAGGUAGUGGAUCAACACAUGACACAACUCCCAUGAAUACCUCCAUCAGGAGAUCCAGCCCCUCAUAUUAUGGAAGUGCUACUCCAGUCUCACAGCUGCCAGAUCAUUCUUCUGGAGGGGGUGAAAAAGAAAGUCCUAGAAAAGAUUCUGAUGAUGAUGUUUCUCCUGUAUCACCUGACAUCUCUUUGGUGACAGCAGCUGAUGAUUCCCCUGAAAAAGAUGGUGGACAGUAUCCUGCGAGUACUACUGUGGACUCGCAACACGAAACACUUCUGGAAAUCUCCACACAAGAUCAUUGGAACUCCGCCUAUACAGAUGAAGAGGAGCAGUAUCCUAGCUCUGCUGGCAGGGCACUAGUUACAAGUGAAAAUGAAAAGCGCCAAGGACCAACCCAACAUCCACUAUUACACAGUGUUCAUUCUGGAUGGAUCAGUCAAGAACAAAAUCCUCGAAAUACCACUGGGAGUACUGAACAACAUGAAUUUACUGUUGCAGGUGAAAAUGAUACUGAAAAGGAAUCUUCUUAUACAGCUGUGGCCUCCAGCCAUGGGGCCAAACAGAACGACUCAGCGCAAGACCCAUUGGUGUAUCCAGGUUGGGACGAGGGAGAGGAUUAUGCCACACAACCCGCUAUAAUGGAUAGAAUUAUUCCUUCUAGAGAGAAUAAUCAUGAAAAAGCAUCUUCCACUACAGCUGUUGCCUCUCUUGACGGUGCCCCCCAUGAAGACCCAACUCAGCCACCUCUGCCUUCAGAUAAUGAACCAGGAAAGGGCAUUGAAGGUAUCACACAUCCCACAGACGCCCCUGGAGAUGAGGUCCUCUACAGGACCACAACAAGUACGAGCAAAACUGGUGAUGACUCUCCUCUGACGGGUACCAACAUGGCUGUCACAGAGUCCGUGGAUGAUGGUAACCGAGAGAAAGCAACCAAGGAGCCGCAGGCACCUGGCACUCCGCCUGGAAGUGAAAGUGAACAAGCAAACACCACAGAUGGUUCCCAUGUCAAUUGGAUACCUGUGGUUUUUCCAGACAUUGAGGAUCAUCUUAACCGAUUGCAGACCCCUCUUCCUACUAGAUCUACCUCUAGUAUAUAUGGUAAUCAAGGACCACACAGGGGAAAUUAUGAAUCCACCACUUUUCCUGGAGAGACCACAACAACAAAAAUAGUUUCACAACCAAGGAAAGCCCAGGUACCAGAAUGGCUGAUUGUAGUGGCCGCUCUUGUGGCACUCGCAUUGAUUCUUGCAGUGUGUGUCGCUGUUAACAGUCGGAGAAGAUGUGGACAGAAGAAAAAGCUAGUGAUUAACAAUGGCAAAGGGGCAGUGGAGGACAGGAAGACAAGUGGAUUAAAUGGAGAUGCCAGCAAAUCACAAGAAAUGGUGCACUUGGUUCAUAAAGAACAGUCAAAUGACCAAAGAGGAGCAUGUGACGAAUUCCUGACCAUUAAUGAAACAGAAAAUCAUCAGGAGCUUGACAUGAAGAGUGGAGUGUAA